AUGGAGGACCAAGUGCGAAAGGGCCUGAAGCAGGUGUCGCAGGUGUGGGUGCAAGUGUCGGUGAAGAAGGCCGAGUUGGGCAAACUGAGAUCGAAGGCGGAAGGGAUCGAUUCUGGCGACGCCGACGUCAGCGCCGACAUAACGAACGCUUCUCAGGUGACGUAUUUGAAGAAGAGGCUGGACCAUGAGGAAAUCAAAACGAGGCUGGAGAACAACAGUAAGGUGUUGGGAGACCUUCGAGAAAAAUUAGAACGCGAAAGGAGAACAUCCCUUCGCUUGGACGAUGAAAACAAAAGAGUGAAAACUUACCUAGGAGAACUGAAGUGUUUGGCUACGUUCCUAAGAGCAGAGAUCCGGAAGCAAGAAACAGCCUCGGCCAGGAUACAGAGGCACCUCCAGCAGGAGGACUCGAGAACUGUGAGGAAGAUGAAAACUCUUCAGAAAGGAAAGGAGCAGGUGAUGACGGUGGAGCAAUAUUUGAAGCUCAGCGCUGAAGUCGACAGGCUGAACCACGAAGUUCAAAGAUGGAAGAAGAAGAACCAAACUAUGUGCAUCUAACUGUCUCGCAUGCACACUUCAGGCCAUUGGUUGGUUGGUUUAGUUUAGGUCGCCCUUAUGCCAGCAAGGGCUCUUAACCCAAGAUAAGUAUCGUAAGACAUGCAAGAGAGAAUCAUACGUGGUGUGGACCCCUGGACUAAGAGAGAAUCAUGCGAGGUGUGGACCUCUGGACUAUAACCAAACGACAGAGACGACCAAACAUUUUGCUGCUGGGAAUUAUAGCAAAAACAAUACCUUUAGUUAGAGAAAGGGAUCUACAAAAUUUUCCUUUAUCUCCUUCAUAUAGAUAUGGCCAAUCACCCAAAACAAUUCUGUUCAGUUCUUUACUUCACGUAAACGUUUCACAUUUAUAGAUACAGAAGAGAUUCAACAGUAUUUUACCUUUACAUCUUCAGUGUUAUUGAACAGACGGCUUUUUUCCUUUACCAUAAAAAUUGAAUCGCACGAAUUACGGUCCUUUAUUCAGUUCUUCAUUUGGCAUAAGGUAAUAUUUUGCCCUUUUAUUCGCUAUUGCAGAAGGCAUAAGAGAAAAUUAACUUUUCCCGUUACAUAGAAAUUAACAAGAGCUUCUGAUAUACAGCAACUUUAUUCAGUAUGCAUUUAAAGUUUUAAUUUGAGGUCUCUCUCCUUUCCAUGUUUUUCCUGAAAAUAAUAAGAAAAAUCAAGCAAAGAGGAAAGUGUAUAUUUUGCAUUUACUGAAAGUGUUUUAUACUUGCAAACACUGUUGUGAAUAGAAAGUCGAAGGAAAGAAAGGGAUCGGCAGGGGCGGUAUAUACGUUUUUAUCCUACACGUUUUAUAUUUUAUGAUUAUUCGAGGGGGCUGGUGAGGGUGGGACUGGCCUCAU